CUUCUUUUCGUGUUUUGAAUCAGAACACUUCUCACAACAACCAUGGCCAUCAGACCUGUUUACAGGCCUGAUAUCAUAAAAAAGAGGACUAAAAAGUUCAUCAGACAUCAGUCUGAUAGGUAUGGUAAACUAAAGCGUAACUGGCGUAAACCAAAAGGUAUUGACAACAGAGUGAGGAGGCGCUUCAAGGGUCAGUUUUUGAUGCCAAAUAUUGGUUAUGGAUCAAAUGCAAAAACUCGUCAUAUGUUACCUACUGGAUUCCGUAAAGUUUUAGUACACAAUGUUAGGGAACUCGAAGUCCUUCUCAUGCAAAACCGCAAAUACUGUGCAGAAAUCGCGCAUGGAGUGUCAUCGAAGAAACGCAAGGAGAUCGUUGAGAGAGCACAGCAGUUGAGCAUUAGGGUUACCAAUGGCCAUGCACGACUACGUAGCCAAGAAAAUGAAUAAUUGACUUCUUUGUUU